CUGCAGGCAAAGGGAGAAGAUGGCGGCGCUGGGAGAACCUGUGCGGCUGGAGAGGGAUAUUUGUAGAGCAAUUGAGUUGUUGGAAAAACUGCAAAGGAGUGGAGAGGUACCACCACAGAAGCUUCAGGCUUUACAAAGAGUCCUUCAAAGUGAAUUCUGCAAUGCUGUAAGAGAGGUAUAUGAACAUGUCUACGAGACUGUGGACAUCAGUAGCAGUCCUGAAGUGAGAGCUAAUGCAACUGCAAAGGCUACUGUGGCUGCAUUUGCUGCCAGCGAAGGACAUUCUCAUCCUCGAGUUGUUGAGCUACCAAAAACAGAAGAAGGCCUUGGAUUCAAUAUUAUGGGAGGCAAAGAACAAAAUUCUCCGAUCUAUAUAUCUCGAAUAAUUCCAGGUGGAAUUGCUGAUAGACAUGGGGGCCUCAAGCGAGGAGAUCAACUCCUUUCUGUUAAUGGAGUGAGCGUUGAAGGAGAACAUCAUGAAAAAGCUGUAGAACUGCUGAAAGCAGCUCAGGGAAAGGUUAAAUUAGUAGUACGAUACACACCCAAGGUCCUAGAAGAAAUGGAGUCACGCUUUGAAAAAAUGAGAUCAGCGAAACGCAGGCAACAGACCUAAUGCAAUUCAAAACUUUAUAUUCCAUUUUGCUUUUAGCUAGGAAAGUUUUACUUGUGACCUACUGAUGGCCGCAAUGCCAGUGAUUGUAAAAAAGAAACAGAAACUUCCCGUGAAAUCCUCCUUGCCAUUUUAUAAACACCUACUUUAACAUUGUUUAUGGUUCCAGAGAUGCAUACACUUUUUUCUGACAAGAAAAAGUGAAAGGUGAUGGGGGCAAUUCUGUCCUGCUGUUUUUACAGGCCUUUUUCAAAUGCAGAUUUUGUCAUAAAGUUGUUAUAGAUUUUUAAAAAUGCUUUUUUAAUAUUAAAAUGUACUUUUACAUUCUUAAUCUUUUUUUAGAAAAAAAAAGUUUUCUUCAUUUGGCUGCUUAUUUAAAAAUAACAGUUCUCCAAUUCUUUUAUUGCUUACUCUAUUUUUUUUAACUUGUAAAAUUUCUUUACGGUUUCCAAGAAAUUAAACGUUAACAGUCUCAGCUACAGCAGUUCAUUACACUAUCAAUGUUAACACCACUGCUGCAUUUUGUACUUUGAACACAUGCAUAAUAUAUAUAAUCAGUGGUAAAUCAUAACGCAGCAGAGUGGAAGUUUUUUACUUUUAUUUAAACAUGUAUAAUGAAUAUUCAUUUGUACUGAUUUAUAAAAGUUUUUAAACACUGAAACAAUCAUUGCUAAAAUAUAUAUUCUUUCAUAAUUGAGCAGUGAGGCAAGAGGAUGUAAUUUGGUUGUUGGCAUUACUGAUUAUAUCUAUAUUCAACAAUAUAUCAUAAAUUACAAAUGCAAAAACAGGUUCAGGUUUCAUCUUUUGCAAAUUUUUUUAAUGCUGUUCAUUUUUAUUUAAAUAUAGUUCAUAUAUUUUGGUUUUUCCAUUCCUAGAGAUGAGCCAAUUAGUUUGUGCUGGUAAAUAGCAGAAGCAAAGACAAAAAGGUAAUACUUUUAACCUCACUAGUCUCAAGAGUGACACACUCUUAACUAGCUCAACUUAAAAUAAUUGAUUUUAAAUAGGAAGAAGAUAGAAGGAUAUACUUAAGAUACAUAGAAAUUACGAGGUGAUAUAGUCAUAAGAAUCUGCAGACUCUUAAGUCAAAAUGAGUAGGAACUCAUUCAUACUGAGAUGGUUGAAUUUAGAGAUUUGAUCUUUGAUUCAAAUGAUGGGAAUUCUGAGAGAUACUUUCAUUUGUCCACUGGAUGUCACUCUUUUACUGAAAGGCAGCUAGUAGUGUAGGACUGUGACUGAGGUCUUCUUUCAAGAUGGAAAUUGAGAGCUGAAGUUCAUUUUCAGUCACAACUUACAGGAAAAUUUGUACGGAUUUUAAGAAUUUUAAGUGACAGAUGCUAAAAAGAAGAUAAUGGGUUGAAAUGUAUAAGGAAUUUAUCCUAAUUACUGACCCUGUGUACAAAGUGGGCAUUUUGUAACAUUCCUUCAGGAAGAAUAGAAAUGUAUACCUUUUUCUGCAUGUUUGUGAGCACUGUGAGUCUUACAAGAUUAUUCCAGUUUUCAAUGAUUUUCAGAAUUAAAGUCAAUCAGCAUUGUUAUUUAUCAUUUAGGUAUUGAACACUGGAUUGCAUGGUUGAAUGUGUCUUUAGUCCACUAUAAAACGUGCUUGUAUUGAUAGGAUCAUGUUGUUAAAUUGUGUAUUUUCAAAAUUAAUUGAUGUUUUUAAAAUGUUGAGACCAAAGUAGUGUAGAAGAAUUAUGGACUUAAUUUAAUUGUAAAAUUAUUAGAGGUAUUUGUUGUAGAGCUUUACAUAUUAAAGAGAGCUAUUGGUGCAUAU